UGUCCCUCGCUCGCGUUUUUUUCCCGACUCCUGCUGGUAUAGAGAUUUGCUGAUUCGCAACGCAAGCGAUCAAAUGACCAGAGAACCAACUGUUGAUAGUCAAAUUGCAAAAUAAAUAUCCCACCGUACCCACAGUCACUCCCAAUUAACGCCUACCUACCCCCUGUAGAAGCGACACAACCAGAGGACCACACAUGACACCGGGUAGCGGAAACAAUUAUAAAGGUCUGGAAAGCCGUCGACCAACAAACAAUAAUUCAGUCUUAGUUUUUUAUUUUUAGCCCAUUUGUUUACUAAACACUGUCUCAUUUAUUGAUAUAUGUUAUUCUAUUAGGAAAGGUCGAUGUAAAAAAGGCAUCUGCUGCAGAAAAUGGAAGCUCACAAUGGAGUUAAUGAUAUAGUAAAUUUAACAAAAAAUAUAAAAUUAAAGAAAGAGUCUAGUGCAAAGAUGGAUUUGAUGUACGAAACAGGAACAUUUAGGGUGAAGUCUGGUUUAGCUCAGAUGGCUAAAGGAGGGAUAGUUAUGGAUGUUGUGAAUGUUGAGCAAGCAAAAAUUGCUGAAGCUGCUGGGGCAUGUGCAGUCAUGGCCUUGGAAAGAGUGCCUUUUGACAUCAGGAGUCAAGGGGGUGUUGCAAGGAUGUCUGAUCCCAAGAUGAUAAAAGACAUCAUGGCAGCUGUAACCAUUCCAGUUAUGGCCAAGGCUCGUAUAGGACAUUUUGCGGAAGCUCAAAUCUUGCAAGAGAUUGGAGUUGACAUGAUUGAUGAGUCAGAAGUAUUAACACCUGCCGAUUAUGUUCAUCACAUCAACAAACAUGAUUUUAAAAUUCCAUUUGUUUGUGGUGCUCGAGACUUGGGCGAAGCAUUACGAAGAAUUGAUGAAGGUGCUGCAAUGAUACGAACCAAAGGAGAGGCAGGAACAGGGGAUGUUGCAGAAGCAGUUCGUCAUGCUAGGCAGAUAAACAGUGAAGUAAAAAAAGCGCAGUCUAUGGAUGCUUCAGAACUUUAUGCUUAUGCAAAAGAAUUAAAGGUAUCUUAUCAACUUCUUAAGACUGCUGAGCUUGGUCGAUUGCCUGUUGUAAACUUUGCUGCUGGUGGCUUGGCUACACCUGCUGAUGUCUCUAUGCUCAUGCAGCUUGGAAUGGACGGUGUAUUCGUGGGCUCAGGUAUUUUUAAAGCGGCCCCAGAAAAGCGAGCCCGUGCUAUGGCGCAAGCGGUUACGUACUGGGAUAAACCUGAAAAAAUUGCGGUACUUAGUGAAGAUCUAGGAGAAGCGAUGUCUGGUCAACCAGUAACUGACCAAACGAGAAUAUUUUGUUACAAAUGACUUGAUGUUAACUUUCGGUUAUGGAAUUUCUUGAGGAAUAAAUAUGUAUAAGUGGAAA